AUGGCGGACGUUCAGACUCUCGACCUAGAGAUCCAAGUGAACAUGCCGGCCGAUAGAUUUUUCAACAGUUUCAAGAAUAAAGAAGAAAGUUUCACAGACAAGACAGAAGCAGUUUCUAUUCAUCAUGAUGAUACCAACUCCUCGAUUCAAAUCUGGAAUCUCAUCGUAGAUGGAAAGAUGGAGCAGAUUAAGGAGAAGACAGAGAUUGAUGAAGAGAACAUGUCGGUUUCUUUCUUAGCUAUGGAAGGAGAUGUGUUGGAGCAGUACAAGAGCUAUAAGAUAACACUUGACGUUGUUCCUAAAGAUGAUGGAGUCUGUAUUGCCAAGUGGAAAUGGGAAUACGAGAAGCUUAACGACGACGUUCCUCCCCCUACUAAAUACAUUGCUUUCGUUGCUGAUUACACGCGUGACCUCGAGACUAGGUUGUUGUCUGAACCAUAA